UUCCCCACUCUUCCUCGAGUCUCCAUCAGUCGUCGUUGGUUCCCGCCGCCGCUGAUUACAGAUAUGCAGGCACUAGAUAGAGUGCGGCCUGGACCCGAUGUGGAUACCCAGUUGUCCCAGCAGUCGAAUCAUCGGUCAAGUCCGCUUUGGAGGUGCGCCGCUGACGAGGAGGCGCCUGGCAUGAUAAAGGUUCGACGCCGUAAAUGUGUAUUGCCACAGGGUGGGUUAGAUCCACGUAUCAUGCAACACAUAGAUGCAGCAGGGUUGACUGGUUUAUUCAAGGUUCCUGAUAUGGAGGUCGACCACGCCUUGAUCACGGCGUUGGUUGAGCGGUGGCGUCCGGAGAUGCACACGUUCCACUUACCCCAUGGAGAAAUGGGUAUCACCUUGUAAGAUAUGGAGGUGAUGCUGGGGCUUCCGGUGGAUGGGUUGCCUGUCACUGGGAAGACAGACUACAUAUGGAAUGAGCUGUGCGAACAGUUGUUGGGCCAU